UCCGUCUCCUGUUCCGUCUCCGUCUCCACCCGACCGGACUCGUGAUGGCUGCCGUGUGGCGCGCUCGGAAAUUUGCUCGCUGCGUUGUCCGUUUCUCCGACCGUGAUCUGUAAAAAAAAACAAACACAAAAACGCCGAUAUUGCAUGGUUUCACGCGCCACAACCAAACCUCAGAGAUUCUCCGACAUGGCUGAAAGCAACCAAAAUGCUGAUGCUGGUUCCGUGGAAGAAGGGGAAGAUGAUAAUUCUGAGGAUUCUAAUUUGCAGCUGGAGCUUAGUGUGUUUAGGGCUCAGUGGAUGUCAGAGCUGCGUCCCGGCUCUGGAAUCAAAACUGGACUGUCCAAAGCUGCUGAUCUGAAGAAGACACAGGAACUGGCCCGAGAGGAAAAAGCCCGAGAGCUGUUCCUGAAGGCUGUCGAAGAGGAGCAAAAUGGAGCUGUUUACGAAGCCAUCAAGUACUACAAGAGUGCAAUGCAGCUUGUCCCUGACAUUGAGUUUAAGAUCAACUACAGCAGAUCCCCCGAUCCAGACCGAGUUGGUGGGAGCUACCUGGAGGAGAAUGAAAAUGAUGGCGAGAUUGAUGAUCUCCUUGCAUACCUUCAACACCAGCUAACUGUCGAGCAUUCCUCCCAGAAGAUUUGUCAGCCAGAGGUGGAGACAUCGCAGGUGCAUAUUUCAGCGUUGCCACUAGAGGUGCUGAUGUACAUCUUCCGCUGGGUGGUGAGCUCAGAUUUGGAUAUGCGUGCGUUAGAGCAGCUUUCUCUCGUCUGCAGGGGUUUCUACAUCCUUGCAAGGGACCCUGAGAUUUGGCGCUCGGCCUGUUUGAGGGUAUGGGGCCGGAGCUGCACCAAAUUGCUGCCCUUCAGCUCGUGGAGGGACAUGUUCUUAGAGCGGCCGCGUGUCCGCUAUGAUGGCGUUUAUAUCAGUAAAACGUCAUACAUCCGUCAGGGAGAGGAGUCUCUGGACGGCUUCUACAGAGCAUGGCACCAGGUGGACUAUUACAGGUACCUACGCUUCUUCCCUGAUGGUCAAGUAAUUAUGUUGACCACGCCCGAGGAACCUUUGGCCAUGGUUCCACGUCUUCGCAGCAAGAACACAAGGAUGGACUCCAUCAUGAUCGGCCACUACCGGCUGUCCCAGGACACGGACAAUCAAACCAAAGUUUAUGUUGUCGUAUCCAAGAGAAAAGACGAGAAGGUGCCCGAGUACCAGAGGAGUCGGUUCUGCAGGCGGUACCCAGCCCCCGAGUCAGAACGCUCCUUCCAUGUGGGGCUGCAGCUUUCCUCUGGAGGGCGCCAGCGCUUCAACAAGCUUGUGUGGAUCCAUCACUCCUGCCACAUCACAUACAGAUCAACUGGAGAAACGGUCAUCACAGCAUUCGACCUUGACAAGAUGUACACGCCGCUGUAUUUUGCGCGAGUGAAGAGCUACACUGCGUUCUCAGAGCGCCCCCUGUAGGGCCGCACCAGAACUGCAUGUAGAACAUCAUGAGUAACAGUUUACGCUUUUCAAUCCCCAACAAACAUAUCACCCCAAAUCCUCCUCGCUUUGAGCAUGAAGCUACAUGAAUGUAAAGAAAAAAAAGGUUGCGUGAGGAUUUCUAAAAAUUCCUUAUCGCGGUGUAGAAGCGUUACCUUCGAGGUUUACUGUUUACUGUCUAUUUGAAUUGAUCACUGGCUUCCUGGUGUAACUGUAGUUUUACCUUAGAUUUAAAGCAUAAAAGCAGCUGUUUUCUCCUUACUUUUCACCAAUGCUGAAUGUUUUCACGUAGAUAUUUUGGUGGGUGUCUACUGACGACUGGAACAACCAAAUAAACAAGCUGAAGGUUGUUCUGUUUGAUUUCUUGUGGGUUUUUUUUUCCUGUCCUUCUUGUUUUCAGUCAUCUGUUUUCAGCUGUCAAAGUAAAUGCAGUCAAUUGCAAGGAACUCAGAUUUUAUUUGUUUGUUUGUUUCUUUCACAGAUUUACAUUUUUUAGAUUUUAAGUUUCAAGUCAAGUUUAUUUGUAUAGCGCUUUGAACAAUAGACGUCCCAAAGAAGCUUUACAGAAAUUUAAAGACUUUAAACAUGAGCUAAUUUUAUCCCUAAUCUAUCCCCAAUGAGCAAGCCUGUGGCGAUGGUGGCAAGGAAGAAGAAGAAGAAACCUUUAUUCGUCACAUGCACACUUCAAGUACAGUGAAAUUCAUCCUCUGCAUUUAACCCAUCUGAAGCAGUGGACAGCCACACCAGAGCGCCCGGGGAGCAGUCAGGGGUUCGGUACCUCGCUCAAGGGCACCUCAGCCCAAGGCCGCCCCACGUUAACCUAACUGCAUGUCUUUAGACUGUGGGGGAAACCCAUGCGGACACGGGGAGAACAUGCAAACUCCACACAGAAAGGCCCUCGCCGGCCGCUGGGUUCGAACCCGGAACCUUCUUGCUGUGAGGCGCCAGUGCUAACCACUACACCACCGUGCCGCCCUCAAAACUCCCUCAGAUGACAUGAAGAAACCUCGAAAGGAACCAGACUCAAAAGGGAACCCAUCCUCAUCUGGGUGAUAACAGACAAUGUGAUUUAUAAAUAACUUGCUUCUAUAACUGUGUCCUAUAUAGUCACAAAGUGUAACUGUGUAACCAGGAAAAUCAUUAUAGUUUUAACAUGAAGUCUGUUUUGUUGAAGUUAUAAACUGUUCAUUGAUGGAAA